UCAUUUCUGUCUCUGCAAUUUACAUUCCGCCAUGUUUUUUCUGUGAUUCGUGUCAAGUUGUUGAAAAAUUUCUCCGUGAAAACAGCUGAAAAUCAAGCGCUUCAACGCUAGUUUUUGUCGAUUUGUCCUGAAAAUUUGAUACACACAUAAAUACUUCAACAGUACGAUAUUUGCGAUAAACAACACUGCGGAAAAGUCAUUGCUACGCGAUGAAUCGGAGCGAGGGCCUUGUCCGACGUGUAAAAGCUCGUGACACCGAAUCGAAUAGUGGCGGUGGCUCAUCGACUAGCAAUAAUUUUGACCAAGAGGGCAAAAACGAUAUCGAAGAGGAGUUGGAUGAUUGCGAUUCGAAGGAAACGCGGCUCACCCUGAUGGAGGAAGUGCUGCUGCUCGGACUUAAAGAUAAGGAGGGCUACACAUCUUUCUGGAAUGACUGCAUAUCUAGUGGUUUGCGAGGAUGCAUCCUUAUAGAAUUGGGCCUUCGUGGCCGCGUCGAGCUUGAGCGAGCGGGUAUGCGACGGAAGGGAUUAUGCACGCGUAAAAUAAUCCUAAAAUCGGAUACACCCACCGGAGAUGUUCUGCUGGACGAAGCGUUGAAGCACAUCAAAGAAACCGAACCACCGGAAACCAUACAAAACUGGAUUGAAUAUCUGAGCGGCGAAACGUGGAACCCGCUCAAGCUGCGCUACCAGUUGAAGAACGUUCGAGAAAGGCUUGCCAAGAACCUAGUAGAGAAGGGUGUUCUUACAACAGAAAAACAAAACUUCCUCCUUUUCGACAUGACGACGCAUCCGUUGAACGACAACGUUAUCAAGUGUCGGCUAGUAAAAAAGAUCCAGGAUUCCGUGCUAACAAAAUGGGUAAACGAUCCACAGCGCAUCGAUAAGCGCAUGUUGGCGCUUAUUCUGCUGGCACACGCUAGUGAUGUAUUGGAGAAUGCGUUUGCCCCUCUGAACGACGAUGAUUACGAACUGGCGAUGCGACGCGUCCGAGAACUGCUUGACCUGGACUUUGAAGCAGAAGCAGCCAAAUCCAACAGUAAUGAAGUAAUCUGGGCGGUAUUUGCUGCGUUCACGAAAUAAAUUUGGUUUGGUUGGUGGUGGUUGCCGUGUAGUAGAGAAUGACACAAUAGAUAGCAUAACUAGGAAGACUACAGUUUCGGUUUGCAUCGAAGUCAAGAUACAAUGAAAGCAGCAACCUUUCCGAUUCUAAACUUGCCCCUUGCAUUCCUUUUAAUUCCUACUCCAUCUGCAGCCUUCCUAAUCCUAGACGACAUCCUUUACUGAAAACUAUAGUACGACAUGCGCCGAGGAUACAAGAUAGCACUAGUAAUACACUAAUUAAAUAUAUUUUAUUUUACCUAUUUAUAGCGGAUAAUCCCAUAAUCAAAAACAAAAAUGAGAACCGUUUUUAAUAACUACCGAUACAAUCGUUACAAGCAGUGCUUAUGAUAAAGAAUUAUUAACAAAUAAACACAGUUACUAUUCAGACAGGUCAAAGAACAACUGAACGAACUUUUUUGAAACAUACCAUAAUCUGUACAGUGUACAAAAACAUUCAGACUUUAAUAUUAUUGUGAUUUCAUGUUUGCUAUUGACUAGAUUCAGUGCUACUUUCGAGGAAAACAGUACGGUAGCUGUUGGUCAAAUUCCAUCUGACGAAAUGCGAAUUGAAUUUUCUGAGUCGUGAUCAAUGCUUUGCAUUCUAUCGUUGAUGUAGUCAUUAUAUCAACGAAGGAAAGUUAUUAUAGUAGGUAACUUUUUUAAUUUUUCGAUCGAUAUUGACAGUAAAAAUUCCUCACGCACUGAGUAUAUACUGUAUGCACUGAUAUAUGAAACACGAGACAUUUGGAAAAUUGUUUUUCAGGACCUGCACGCUUUCUUGUAUGGCCCCUUUCACCGCAUCGGAUAUGUGCAAAGCAGAAACGGCACUGAAAGGAGCUUUUUUACAUUUAAAGGAAUUACGAUAAAUACAAGUCUUAUUUUUUCUACCGGUUUUACCAGACCAUUUCUCAAGAGAUGAGUUGACGCCACCAAAAGAAAAGGCAAAACGUAGAACCAUUGUGAGGUAAAAGUGGUCCUAUAAAAUUAGGGUUAUUACAAGCACGUAAGAAUGUAGAGAAUAGGGACAAAAUACAGUUCAUUCUCUUAGGAAGACAAGUGAACGCUGAAGAGUAAACGUCAAGUGUAUAUAGAUUGAAACGAAAAAUUUAUUGUUAUCGAAAUUAUUAUAUGUAAAAUACAUGAGUAAUUCAGAAAUA